AUUAAAUAGGUCCUGGUCUCUUUAAGAUUUAGGUGGCGGUGUGCUUGAGGAAAUGUUUCGGAAGUGUAAACGCUAAGGUAGGAGGAAUCGAAGGAAAGGAGAGCAAAGGGAUGGAGAAAUUAUCCCUUUUUGACAGCCUAUUGGUGAAUACACAGUUCCACACAAAAUACCAAGAACACCCUGACUGGUGCAUUGUCGUCGUUUGACAUCCAGUAACGUUAGCGGUAAUCGUGAAAGGUCCACUAGGCUUAUGCUCUACCGUGACCUGGUGCACACCAGAGAGAGAGAGGGUGGUGCUCUCUGCAGGCCUCUCCGUGGGGUAGAGGGUGGUUGCUGAUAAAUUAGGGACCAGCGCUAGCUGUGGGUCUGGUGGUGAGACAGUGAGCCAUACCUCCUGCCCCUCUGAAAUAGUGUGUGUGAGAGAGAGGUGACUGGAGGGGGAGGCAGGUGCCAUGCUCCAGGGGUGAGGCGGGGGAGAGAGACACACACACAGGGCUCAGGGGUGGUGGGUGAGGUUGCCAAGGAGAUGAAGUUGAAACAGCGCGUGGUGUUGCUGGUUGCCGUGCUACUCCUGUUGGGGCUGGCCAAACUCUUUCUGCUGGAUGGAGGAGAGGGGUCCGCAGCCAGUCGACGAGACCUCCGGGCCUUCCGCAAGAUGGAGGCAGGCCUGUCUCUCUCACGCGGUGACCGGCUAACACACACCCUCCAGUCUCCAUGGGAGGUGGCAAACCAAUGGGUGGGCCCUAGGGAGGUGUACCCUGAGGAGACCCCCGAGCUGGCAGCCGUCCUCUCCGCGCUGGGCACUGCCCGAGUGGAGCGGGCAGAUGUGGGCUACAAGGGCACCCAGCUCAAAGCUCUACUAGUACUGGACGGGGGGCAGAAGGUGGUCUUCAAACCCAAGAGGUAUAGUAGAGGCUAUGUGGUAGAAGGAGAGCCUUAUGCAGGUUAUGACAGACACAACGCAGAGGUGGCAGCUUUUCACCUGGACAGGAUCCUGGGUUUCAGAAGAGCACCCCUAGUGGUCGGGAGGUUUGUCAACCUGAGGACUGAGAUCAAACCUGUCGCUACGGACCAGCUACUCAGUACCUUUCUAAUGCAGGGUAAUAAUAGUUGUUUCUAUGGGAAGUGUUACUACUGUAGAGAGAGUGAGCCGGCAUGUGCGGAGGGAGAGAACAUGGAGGGAUCUUUAACUCUCUGGCUGCCAGAUGUCUGGCCGCUCCAGAAACACAGACACCCCUGGGGACGCACCUACAGGGAGGGCAAACUGGCCAGGUGGGAGUAUGAUGAGAGCUACUGUGAUGCGGUGAAGAAGAUGCCUCCGUACGACGCCGGUCCCAGACUCCUGGACGUCAUAGACACAGCCAUCUUUGAUUACCUCAUCGGCAACGCCGACCGACAUCACUACGAGAGUUUCCAAGACGACGGAGGAGCCAGCAUGCUCAUCCUGCUGGAUAACGCAAAGAGUUUUGGGAAUGCAGCUCUGGAUGAAAGAAGCAUUCUGGCCCCUCUAUAUCAGUGUUGCAUGGUGCGUGUGUCUACGUGGAACAGGUUGAACCUGCUGAGAGCUGGGGCUCUGAGUUCAGCCCUAAGACAGGCCCUGACCUUUGACCCCAUUAACCCUGUCCUGGCCGAGCCCCACCUGGCUGCCCUGGACAGACGGCUGUCUGGUGUCAUAGRAACCAUCCAGCAGUGUGUGGAGUCGCUGGGCCCCGACAACACACUGAUAGAGGACCGCAUGAUCUUGCCACACCCUUAGAAAAGGUCAGGAGGGAGGGAGGAAGGAGAGAAAGGAUAACCUGUCUCGCCUCGGGGGAGAGAGGGUUGAGCCAUGGGAGGAGGAGCUGGAUGAUAAACCCCUCCUCUCAUGGCCCCCCAGAAAGGAACAGGAAAUGACCCCAGCAGCAGGAAGUGACUUGAUAAAGGACUGGGUGUUGAGUCCUCUAUAAAACUGUUCCCCUCCACACUAGGACCUACUGGAUACCUAACUUUUCUCCUGACAUCUCCUCUCCCACACACACACACACACACACACACACACACACACCUUCUGCCAAAACCUCUCUCUCCAUCCAGUGUAAAGGAGGGAACCAAGGCCAAAGGACUCAACCCAAAGACUCAGGAUAGCGGGU